AUUGGAUGUUUCAGGUUGGGCCUUGUUGCAACCAUUAAGGAUCGAGCCAACGAAAUAUAUAAGAAAGUUGAAGAUCAGAAACCUCUUAGAGGGCGAAACCAGGAUGCAAUUUUGGCUGCUUGCCUCUAUAUUGCUUGUAGGCAAGAAGACAAACCCCGCACUGUAAAAGAAAUAUGCUCUGUUGCCAAUGGAGCCACAAAGAAAGAAAUUGGUCGUGCAAAAGAGUACAUCGUGAAGCAAUUGGAGGUGGAGAUGGGUCAAUCCAUGGAAAUGGGAACAAUACAUGCUGGGGACUUUCUGAGACGUUUCUGCUCGCAUCUUGGUAUGAGUAAUCAAACAGUUAAGGCUGCUCAAGAAGCUGUACAAAAAUCUGAAGAGCUGGAUAUAAGGAGAAGCCCAAUAUCAAUUGCAGCUGCUGUCAUUUACAUAAUAACCCAACUUUCAGACGAUAAGAAGCUUCUCAAAGAUAUAUCUCUAGCAACAGGAGUGGCUGAAGGGACCAUUAGAAAUUCCUACAAGGACCUCCAUCCCCAUGCUUCAAAGCUUGUACCAAGCUGGUAUGCCAAAGAGGAAGACCUUAAGAAUCUCUGCAGUCCUUAAAUAACGACAGGAACCCAUGGACCUCCUUUUCGGUAGCUGCCUUUGCUUGUUUGGACAGGCAAAGUCACAAUUACCACUCUGAUUAAUUUAUUUUACCUCUUAACUUGUAUCAGUAAGUUGUUUGAUCCCACUUUUCUUAGUGAAAACAAAUAUCCCUUACUUUCAGCGGCAAGAGAUAUACUGCUGCAGUGUAGUUUAAAGUAGUCAGGUCUUUUAACGCAUCAUGCUGCAACUGGCAGAUAGGAUAUUUGUUUCUUUUAGGUAUGCAAGUGAGUCAAGUAGGUCGAAACUCUUACUCAGUUAAGAGAACCUUUUUCCAUUCCUUGUAAUUGAAAUGUAGUCAGGUGACAUUGUGAACUGAUAGCUUGUUUGUAGGGCAGAUGAAUGCAUUCAUACCUCAAUGCCGAGUGCAAACCAAAGUGGCAAGCCCAGUUUUUCAUUUUGUGUGUUAUUUUUAAUUGUAAAUAUAUAUAGUUUUUUUGUCCUUGGA